GAAACUUCUAGCAUCGUCUUACGAUACACUGUCUAUCAGGGAAAAUGCUUUGGUGUGUGGCUGUUAUUCUUGUCAGCUUUAUCGAAUCUCGAUCAGAGAGUUUACAGGUGGUUGGUCCAGAAGCUCCUCUUGUUGCUCUAUCGGGUGAAGAUCUGGUUCUGCCCUGUUUUAUCAAACCCAACACCAGUGCUGUGGACAUGACAGUGGAGUGGUUCAAACUAUAUGUAGAAGACUCAUUAGUGCAUCUCUAUAGGGAUCAUAAAGACAGAAAUGAAGGUCAGGCUAAGUCCUACAGAGCAAGAACAUCACUGUAUAAAGAGGAGCUACAGAAAGGCAACACUUCACUCAAACUCUCAGAUCUCAGAGUCUCUGAUGAAGGAGAAUAUAAGUGUCUUGUUGAGGACAAAUCCUGGUCCGAUGACAUCACUGUGAAGGUCAUUGUAGAGGCUCAGGGAAGCCACCCCGUGAUAAUGAUGGAGAGUUAUGAUAACUCAGGAGGGAUUAAUCUAGUGUGUGAGUCCAGAGGCUGGAACCCUGCACCUGAUGUUCUGUGGCUGGACAGAGAAGGAGUCACUCUGACUGCUGAAGAUACACAGAUACACAGAGACACCGAGCUCUUCAGUGUGAAAAGCCACAUAACUGUUUAUGAUUAUAGCGACUCUAACAGGUUUUACUGCAGACUUCAGCAACAACAUCACAUUAUGGAGACAGAGAUUAUCAUCAAUAGUAAAGUCUUUGGUGCUUGGAAGUGGAUUGUUGCGAUUUCAGUUUCAGCAUGUCUUAUUGCUGUUGGAUUGAUCGUAACUGCAGUUUGUAACAAGAAAGAGAUGCAGAAGCAGUCCGAAGAGCAGGAGAUUCUCCAUGCACCACUCAGACAUGACGAAAGAGCUCACAGGGAAAAGCAGAGAAAGAAAUUUGAAGAUGAGUUAUUAAAGAAGAAGCAGUAUGCAGUGGAUGUGACUCUGGAUCCUGAUACAGCUCAUCCUGUUCUCAUCCUGUCUGCUGAUGGAAAACAAGUGACAUGUGGAGACACACGACAGAAUCUCCCUGCUACACCAAAGAGGUUUAAUUAUCCCUGUGUUCUGGGAAAGCAGAGUUUCUCCUCAUGGAGAUUUUACUAUGAGGUGCAGUUCAGAGGGAAAACUGACUGGUCAUUAGGAGUCGUGAGAGAGAACAUUAACAGGAAGGGGGUGAUUAUACAGACUCCUCAGAAUGGAUUUUGGACUGUGGGUCUGUGGGAUGAGAAUCAGUAUAAGGCUUGUGCUGGUCCCGAUGUCCCCCUCAUACUGAGAGAGAAGGUGGAGGUUGUGGGAGUGUUUGUGGAUUAUGAGGAGGGUCUGGUCUCCUUUUAUGAUGUAAAGUCCAGAUCUCAUAUCUACUCUUUCACUGGUCAGUCUUUCACUGAGAAACUCUAUCCAUUCUUCUGUCCAGGUUUAAAUUAUGGAGGUAAAAAUUCAGCACCACUGAUCAUCUCUCCUGUAUUUAAGACUGAAUGAAUUUUAAC